AUGGGGUUCGCCAACCUGGACAAGAGCUAUGUGGGCUUCACCAUUGCCCACUGCUGCACCUUUGCCCUCGCCAUUGCAGUCUGUGGUAUCUAUGGCAGCGACAUGCAAUAUGCCAGAGAAACCCACAAAGGCGUCAAUUCAAAAUGGAUUUUCGCGGUGGUGGUUGGCGCACUGUCCGCCCUUACAUGCGUGAUAUACGCCGUGCCCUUCAUCUUUGCCAGAGGAGCUUUCUUCAUGAUCUUCUGGGACGCGAUCUUGUUCAUCCUCUGGAUUAGCCUCUUUGGCGUUUUUGGAAGUAUGUACAUUCAUGAAGACGCAAAAGGGGACCGCGAUGUUGAGCGGAUGAAGAAUACCGUUUGGCUGGACCUGACCAACGCCCUCCUUUGGCUCAUCAUCACAGUGGCCAUUGGUAUCUACUGGUUUAGGCAUCGCAGCGCGGCAAGGACAAGGUGGUCAGGCCGUAUGAAGGUCUGA